GUUACCGGUCGGCGCGGCCGGGGUCGCGCCACUGCGCAGCCGCGGGUGGGCGGUACCACGGCGGCUGCGACAUGGGGGGGCGCGGAGCAGACGCCGGAAGUAGAGGUGGUACGGGUCCCACAGAGGGGUACUCACCGCCGGCCGCUUCCACCGGAGCCGCGGUGAGACCCAAGGCCCGAGGGUGUGGGCGUGGCGGCCGCCGGAACACAACACCCUCUGUUCUCUCUCUUCGUGGAGCGGCGCCGCGUCGCUCGCCUCCAUCAGUUAACAUGAGCGAGCGCCUCCGCCCCAGGAAAAGGAGAAGGAAUGGCAGUGAAGAAGACCACCAUCUCCCCCCACAGACCAAAAGGAGUAGUAGAAACCCUGUCUUUCACGAUUCCUGGGACACAGAGAACUCACCUUUUUCUCCUAAAUGUGAUAACAUUGGCAAGUACUGGGAAAUAAGACACGAGGUGUUUGAAUUGUUUCGAACUGUGCCACAAUCUUCAAGCAGUGACAGUGGCGGUAGCAGCGGCAGCGGCAGCAGCAUCAACAGCCCGGACCGGGCCAGCGGGCCGGAGAGCAGCUCAAGCCACCCCGCCGCCCGGUCCAGCCCCCACGGCCCGCAGCCCGCGCCCGCGCCGUCCGCGCUGUGCCAAAGCCCGUACUUCCACAUCAACCAGACCCUGAAGGAGGCCCACUUUCACAGCCUGCAGCACCGAGGACGGCCUCCCACAUGAUGUGCCGGCACUUUCUUGCCUUCUGUGAAGGGACCGCGCUGCGCAGAUUUGAUAUUUCAACUUAACGAUGUUUUAAAAAAAAAUUGCACAAAAAGAUGCCUGUUGGCUUUUCAGUCUAUAUUUGAAAUAACAGGUUAACAGGCCGUUGUUUACUUGUGGUUUUGCUGCACUAUUGCGAUUUCAAAGGGGCUUUGAAGCAGUUUUUUAUAGGAUUCUUUUGAGGGUGGGUAUCAAAUCCAGGGCAAGUCAACAGUAGGAGGAAAUCUCAUCUGCGUGUUGAAUCCAUAGUUUGUCCAAGUCAGACUGAUUUCCAGAUCUGUCACUUAGAAAUUCUACUUUCUGUAAAAAGGCCUUUUCAUUUUGCGGGAUCUUCAAUUUUUUAAAUUCAAUAAACUAGUAAAGAGUA